UGAACGCAGUCAAUUUGACAAGCACGCAUCAGAUAUGUUGAACACACGUUGGAACGUGCACGUGACCUCGUCGUUCGCGCCAAGAUUGUUUCGAACGUUUGUUUGCGGUUUUGGUACAAACAAAAUAUUCGCGCGAGAAAUCGACGUACUUCAUGUCGAAUGAUAGUGGAGAAAGAUUCCUUACCGAUUAGGAAAGUGCGGAGGCGGACACGCAGACAGCUCACUACGAGGAUCAUUUAUAUGCGCAUUAUUGAAAACCGAGUUCGACGACUGGUUCGCAGAUUUAAGGUAGGCAGCAUCCACCAGGUGUCACGAGCAUUUUAUAGCAUGAAGAAGUUGUCUUUGAAGAGAGACCACAAUAAAAUAAAAGACACUUUUGAUUUAAUAGAGGUAUCAGACGAUGAUGAUAGCUUAUCGCAGGAUAUACAAAAAUGUAAUAAUAAUAGUAGUAAUACAAGGCAGCACAUGGAUAUAUCAAGCCAUAAAACACUUAAAAUUUCAAAUAGCAUGACAGAUGCUUCGAGUCCUAAAUAUAACUCGAAACAUAAUAUAUCAGAUGAUAUAAGCAGUGAUGAAGAUGUUAUUGUUGUUGAUGACGUUCCUGAUACUUCCAGAAGAAGCCAAUCAAUGUUUAAUUGGGAUAAACCAAUUUUUGCCAGUGCUUCGUAUUCAAAUAUUUUUUUUGAAAAUAAUAUCUCAUCUGAUUCAAAAUUUAACAAAGAGUUGUCUCUAGAGUCACCAAACAAGAGACAAAAAAUAAUAGAAGACUCGAUAAGCUCUGACUCUGACUGUAAUUUUGAUGACAAAUUGAUAUCCCUAAACACUUUUAAUAAAGAACCACCUUUGGUGGAAAUACAACAUAGCAUAAUGAUAGCAGGGACUAAUGUCAAAUUUCCUGUCAAGCCAUAUAGCUGUCAGAUCGCAGUGAUGAACAGUCUCAUUGUAGGAUGUAACAGAGAGCAGAAUUGUCUUUUGGAAAGUCCAACUGGCAGUGGCAAAACCUUGGCACUUCUUUGUGGAGCUUUAGCAUGGCAACAGCAAUAUAGUGAGAAAAUCUGUCAAGAAAACUGCGAGAAAAUAGAUGCAGAUAGCUCAUGUUGCGAUGAUGAUUCUUUAAAUGACAAUUUCUUCCUAAACUCGUCACAAUAUUUCAACAAAGAAUGGCGCGAUGAAAUUUCGAGCAAAGCCAAAUCGCGCAAAGUGCCAAAAAUAUUUUACGGAACGCGAACUCACAAGCAAAUCGAACAGGUUAUCAGAGAAUUCAAGAAAACUGCGUAUAGACACAAAAGGAUGACUAUAUUGAGCAGUCGAGAUCACACAUGUAUUCAGAAUACCAAUAGGAACAAGAAUGAUUUGUGUCACGAACUACUGGAUCCGCUACAGGUUAAAAAAUGUGAGUAUUACUUUAAUGACACCAAUAAGAAAGAACCGGUAUUUAGUCAAUUGAAUUCACCUUGGGAUAUCGAAGAUUUGAUCUCGUUUGGCAAAAACAAAAGGCUAUGCCCAUAUUUUGGCGCAAGAUCUUUAAUGGUUCAGGCGGAUAUCGUAUUUUGUCCUUAUAAUUAUAUCCUGUAUCCAGAAAUUCGUGAGAGCAUGCAAAUCAAUCUGAGAGGAAAUAUCGUAAUUCUCGAUGAAGCCCACAAUGUUGAAGAUAUAUGUCGAGAGGCUGCUAGUGUCUCUCUCAAAGAUUACGAGCUUACAAAUGCUGCUAAAGAAUGUCUACAUCUUUUACACAAAGGCCGUGACCAUCAUGUUUACGAUACCAUUCACAGAUAUUUAAUGGAUUUCGUAAAAUUUCUUAAAAAUGUCGAUGUCAAGGAAGAUGUGAACGGUUUUAAUAAUGAUAUGACCAGUAAACAUUGGCCUGGCAUUGAAUUUCGGGUUUUGCUCGACAUAUAUAACAUCGGGAGUCUUAGCUUUUCCAAUUUUUAUGCCGCCAGUACUGUGGCUAUAAAUGAUUUUGGGAAAAAUAUGAAGGAAGAGAUUCGUAAGGAAGAAAUGAUGCUCACUAUUUCACGUGAGACUAAGAAAAUUCUUGAGUAUCUCUGUUACGCUAUGCAAUCGCUUGCAUCAGACAGUUCUGUUCAUGAUUACAGAGUAUAUGUCAUAGAAACGAUUGAGUCUACUAAGAAAUUUGCAUUCGGUGAUGAGUGGACUUCGAGAGGCAAAGUACGAACUUUUAAGCUAAUAUGUAUGAAUCCUGCUAUAGUUUUUAAACCUUUGGCUCUUAGUGUUCGUUCUAUAAUACUUGCUUCGGGUACUUUGACACCAACCACAUCAUUUCAAAGUGAACUCGACACGCAAUUUCCACAUUUAGUCAAUCCUCAACAUAUUAUACCUUCAGAUCAAGUGUACGUAAGAUGUAUUUCACAAGGGCCAAAUGGAAAAUUUUUAAAUGCCAGAUAUGAGAAUAUGAAUACUUUGAAUUUCCAGGACGAGCUUGGUGAAUUAAUUCUUAAAGUAUGUGAUGCAGUACCAUAUGGUGUAUUAUGUUUUUUUUCGUCUUAUAAGGCAAUGAACACGCUUCACGAAAGAUGGAAGAAUAAUGGCAUGUGGAAUAAACUCUCAGAAUUGAAGUCAAUUUUUGUGGAGCCGAAAGAUAAUAAAAAUUUGCUCGCAGUCAUGAAUCAAUAUCGUAGUGUCAUUGAGGAAUCAUCAUCUAAAUCAUUUCGAGAAGCAUGCGGAGCUAUUUUAUUUGCAGUUUUCAGAGGCAAGAUAGCGGAAGGAAUUGAUUUUAGUGAUAACGAGGCUCGUUGCGUAUUAGCAGUGGGCAUCCCAUUUUCUUAUAAAAACAAUGAUAUAGACUUAAAGAUGAAGUACAAUGAUUCAAAUACAUCUAAAGGAUUAUUAUCUGGUAGUGAAUGGUAUGUCGUAAAUGCAUUUAGGGCAUUAAAUCAGGCGAUAGGUCGUUGCGUCAGGCAUAUAAACGAUUGGGGUGCUGUGCUGCUAGUAGAUGAAAGAUUUAAAGAGUCAAAAAACAUUAAUUAUUUACCAAAGUGGAUUAGAACAAAUAUAAAGCAAACUUAUAAGGAGAAUUACAAUCUACAAAUGGAUCUUGAAGAUUUUGUAGCGAUACAAGUUGCACGUGAAAAGGGAAAAAGUUAAAAAAUUAAUUACAUUUAAAGAUAAUGCAAAAGAGAGCCGAAUUUAUACGCUGAAUGAAAGAGCAUUUUUAUUAAAAAUGAUUAACAAAUAA